AGAAGGGAAAGACAAACUGCUUUUGGUGGGUACAUGUAGGUUAGAAUUUUGGAAAAGAUGGAUGUUGAAAGGAGAACGACAUUUACCCCACCAAGCAACCCCAAUUCCUUCCCUUCCGUCUCUCUCUCUCAUCAUCUUGCCCAGAGAGAUAAUGCAUAUGUAUAUAUUUAUACACACACGCAGCGCACCGUAUUAGUCCUCUCUUUCUCUCUCUAGCUAAGUGGGUUUGUUAGCCUAGAUGUUGCAUCAACUGGUGGUGCUGCUCUGUCCAAAUCCCUCCCACUCUCUAACGGAAAACACUUGUUUAUCUAACCCUCUUUCAAUUAUAUAUUCUCUUUUCAUCCCCAUUUAUCUCCUUUCCUGCUUGUCAUCAUCUUUUUCCCUUCUCCACACAAACCCUACACACAUAUAUGUUAUAUAUGUGUGUGAGUAAUUGUUUGCUUCUUUUUCUUGAUUUUAAUCUUGCAAAACCCUUUUGUGUUGUUUUGAUUGCACAUAAGGGAAUAUUCAACCACGUUUAGAUUUUCUUGCAAAACCCUUUUGAAGUUGUAAGAUGUGUAGUAGAGGCCACUGGAGGCCGGCAGAGGAUGAGAAGCUGCGGGAAUUAGUUGAAAGAUAUGGACCCCACAACUGGAACGCCAUAGCUGAGAAGCUUCAGGGUAGAUCAGGGAAGAGUUGUAGGCUGAGAUGGUUCAAUCAAUUGGAUCCAAGAAUUAACCGCAGCCCUUUCACGGAGGAGGAGGAGGAGCGCCUCCUCGCGUGCCACCGGAUUCACGGGAACCGGUGGGCCAUUAUAGCUAGGCUUUUCCCAGGGCGCACUGAUAACGCCGUUAAGAAUCACUGGCACGUAAUAAUGGCUAGAAAAUGUAGGGAGAGAUCCAAAAUCUACGAGAAACGAGCUUCGCAGCCCUUGAUUUCUCAAUCAAAGCUUCACAAUGCCAACAUUUUAUCAGUUAAAGGGAAGACUUUGAGCUUUAGCCCUUUAAUGGACACAUUUCCUCAGAGCUUCGACUCAUGUCCAUUCAGAUAUAAUUUGCAAAUUGCAGACCAUCAAUAUUGUGACUCACCAAUUACUAGAAUGAAGAUAGAUGAAGAAAGAAGCAAAGGAGUGGAGUUCUACAACUUUCUCCAAAUCAAUACUGAUUCAAAUAGAAGCGAGGUUAUAGACUAUGCAAGGAAAGAGAAGCAAGACGACAAAGAUGAAGAAGAAGAAGUUGAUCAGAAAGCAGCUCCUUUUCAACGAAACGAAGCCUCUUCUUCUCCGCCAUUUAUUGAUUUCUUAUCACUGGGAAACUCUUCCUGAUUCGUAGAGAGAAGCAGCUAGGUGGAUCACACUUUGCAAAACUAGUUUAAUUUCAUGAUCCAUAUAUAAUGAAAUAGAGUCUGUGAUGAAUGUAUAUAUGCAUUAACAAAUUGAAAUCAUUUUGAUGCAUAUGUAUGAAAAAUCCAGUAUGUAAUUUGCAUGCAGGCAGCUUGUUUAAUUAUGUAAUUCCUACAUUCAAUGAGAAAGCAACGUAUACUUGUACUAUUAA